AUGUCUUUAGAAAGAGUGAGAAAGAGUCUUCAAAUAAUUUUUGGAAUUGAGAGUAACUAAACAACAAGGGAACCUUUAAUUUAAGAAAGAAUAUAAUAAGAGUUUGUGUUUGAUUCUAAAAAUAAUGAUUAGCAUUAAAACAAAUUUUUAAUUGUGAAUCAAUAAAGAAAGAGAUCUAAUUAAUAUUUUUAUGCUAUAGAUAGAUUAAAGUCAUUUUAUUAGAAUAAUAGAGUCUAAUCUAAUGAAUUGGAACAAAUUCCUGUCAUAAGUUAUCUUGGAGAUCUUACAGAAGUAAUUGGAUUAUUUCAAGUAAUAGAAAAAAGUAAAUUUGAAUAUGUCUCAUGCUAGAUGGAAUUAGUUAGAUCGAUUUUCAGAUAAUGACAGCGCCAAUUUUAGUUCAUCCUUAGGUGAAAAAUUAGUUCAAAAAAGUUCAAAUCUAUUAGCUAGUGUGAGUAAACAAUAAUUUAGGCCAUAUUAUAUGCAAGAAAACAAUCAAGAAAGUUUUAAUAACUAAUUUCAAUCUAUAUAAUAAUAGCAUCAAAAUAAUAUAUAAUAAUCUCAAAAACAAUAAACCAUUUUUGGCGGAAACAGAUCUAAAGUUCAUUUUAUGAGAGAAGAGAAAGAAUAAAAGUCUAAAAACAAUAAACCUGAAUCUAACUUUAAGAGAUUAGGUGGUAUUUUAGAAGAUGACUUUCUUUUACCUUCAUUUUUGAAAGAUAAAGUUCAAGAUAAAAAUGUAAGAGGAUAAGAGAUUCCAUCUAAUAAUAAGCUUUUAGAACUAUAAAACUUUAAUUUUUGCUCCAUAAAUAAAUAAAACAAUAUUAAUGAAUCAAUUUCAUAAAUGGACUUCAAUAAAAUUCACUCAUAAUAUUAAUUGAAUAAUUAAAUAGAAAAUGAUUAUAAUAUUAAAAAGUAAUUCUAAGAUAAGAAAUAAAAUUAGAUUAGGUUUUGGGAUAAAGAACCAAUCAAUGAGAAAAAUCCAUUUAGAACUUCAAGUGAUGGUAUAUCUGUUUUUGAAAACAAAAUUAAACCGCCUUGGCAAGUUUCUAAUCAAAUUAAUAAUUUAUAAAAUGAAUAAGAUGUUAAUUAGAUUUCUGAAAAUAUAUCAAUAAAUGAUUUUGAUUAAAUAUAGGAAAAACAAGAAAAAUAAUCUACAACUUCUAUUGAAUAAUAAGUUAAUAUUUCAUUUGGUGGUUGUGAUAUAGAUAUAUAAGAAGAUUAGAAAUUAAAAAAUAAUGAUUAAAUCGAAUAUCAACAUCAAAAAAAUUCAUUAAUUUUUGACAAUUUUGUGAAUCCAAAAUUUGAUUUUGAAAAUCAUACUCCUCAAUCAAAAGAAAAAGCUAUAAAUAUAUAAAAAUAGUUAGAUUUUUCAGAAUAAACACCUGUAUUUAAAUAACCAGAAGAAAAUAAAUAAGGUUUAAAGGAACAUAAAAAAAUUAAAAUAUAAGGAGAAUCACAAAUUCCUAAAACACCAAGAAAUAAUAACUUUUUAUUUUAGAAAGGUGAUAAUAGAAAUGCUAUUGAAUAAAUUUAAAAAAACCUUUCAACUGAUUUUAAUGCUUAAGAAAAUGAAUCUCCAAAAAGAUCUAAUAAUAACUAAUUAUAAGUAAUUCAAUGA